UCAGCGACAUAUAGCGGGACUGCGGUUGGCAUUCUGACACUUGGGGGGAACUGACUUGGUGUCACUGACAUCCCCAGUGACACCAAUACAGUGAUCAGUGCUAAUAAAAAGCACUGACACUGUACUAAUGACACUGGGCAGGAAGGGGUUAACAUGUGGGGUGAUCAAAGGGUUAACUGGGUUAACUGUGUGGGUGUGUACUAUGUGUGUGUUUCACUAUAAGCACACUGCUUUGUAUGGCUCUGCUAUGCAGAGCCAUACAAAGCAGUGUGCAAGAGCUAACAGGGGAGAGAUCUGU